AUGAAGCUCGCCUUGGUUCUCGCCAUCGCCGCUGCCACACAUUCAGUCACUGCAGGAACCAUCAAGACUCCUUCGCCAUCCACACGCGUCUUCAACAGCAAUGUCGGUGGCACAUCCCCAGCUUUGAUCAAUCGCAAACCGAACGAAGAACGCCCUACGGUCGCUUUCUGGGAUGACGAUCACGCUACAGAGGUGGAUUGGAAGAAGAGCGCAGCCAAAGGGGGAGCCCUGAUGUGCGCUCUCAAGGGCUCCGACCAGGUUGCAGGUCGUCAAAUUAGAGACACUCGCGAACCCACGUCUGCCGCGAGUCGGUACAACAGCGAUCUCAAGACUGAGCUUCAUGACUGGUACUGGCGAGAAACUAACCCAUCGACGUUCAGCUGUAGUUUUUCUGAGCACUGGCACCUUGCGCACGCGAUGCGGUCACUCGGACUUGAUGGAAAACCAGCGUCAGAAGGCGGAGACAAUCAAUGUUACAGGAUCGAACAUUGGAAUCCAGAAAACAGGGAUGACAAGGGCGACCAGAUUCCGGCCAUCAACCAGUGGUACAGCGUCCCAGGUCACGACAAGCAGUACCGCGCAACGAAGGCACAUUUCGAGUUUGGCAUCAAUACCAAAGGCGGCGCCAUCUAUGGUCUUUUCCUUGAGAGUGCUUUAGCCUCUGCUAAGAGCAUUUGGGGUGGUGGUACAAAAGAGCCGAACCGAGACGAUCUUCCCCAGCUCCGUGCCUUUUCAGACAUUAUGUGGGCGUUCUGGGUUCGCAACAACCCAAACGUCAGAAACAUUCGCUACUUCUUCAUGAUAGGCAUCUCCAACGAGUUGACCAACCAGAUCAUCGCUUCUUGUCUACGUGAUGCUGGUGCCGAGCUGAGCGAGUGGCCUGGAACUAGCUUCUCUACUACUACUACAGACCAAGGUCAUGCGCUUCUCGGUAGAUUUCCUCUAACACCAACAAAUGAUUCCAAAGACUAA